UGCCAGGAGAUAGUCCCGAUAGGUUCUAGUCGGUAGAUGUAGCCCGUUCUCGAUCGUCGAUUUUCCUUGUCUCCCGCGUGGUCGGCGUCGACGUAUCCGAGUAGUUGUACGAAUGAUGCCGUUACUUUACUCUAGGUAAGCCCGGUCGUCGGUGUGGAGACAAAGUAGAGUAGUGCCCGAUUAAGUUCCUCGAGAUCUUCUUGUUCCGGCUGCUUCAGAUGCGUCGCCAGUUGGCUCGCGCUGUAAGAUAGAUCGGGUCGGCAGGUUACUGCUGCGAAUAGUAGGCAGCCGAGCUUCUGCUGAUACUCCUGGAUUUGCUUCGCGGGGAGUUUUGCGGAGGUGUUGCUGUUGUUCCCGUAGCGGUAGGGAGUCGGGACCGUAGUCGGCGUUAGACCGAAUUUCUUCGCAACAGUGCCUGCGUAUUUUCCAGCGUGUAGGUAGAACGCCGAGUUGUCUUCGAUGACAUUCAGUCCCAGGUAUUGGGUCACUGAGUCGGACACUGUGAGUGCCAAGUCCCUUUUCAGCUCCCCUUCGAACCAGGUGGCGAUGUCGGUGGUGGAACCGAUGUAGAGCAGGUCGUCGACGUAAACGAUGAGUACGAUAUACUCUCUUCCCUUCUGCAGUCGGUACAUGCCUUGGUCAUGCGGCAGCUGUAGGAAUCCGAUUUUUACGAGGCCACCGUGAAGAUGCUGCUGCCAGAGCCGCGGGGCUUGCUUGAUCCCGUAAAGGGAUUUUAUCAGCUGGCAUACUUUUGUAGGGUCGUCGAUGAAUCCGUGGGGCUGCUCGACGAAGAUCUCGGCGUCCACAGAGCCUGCGACAGAGUCGAGGGCUCGCGCGGAGAUGGCGGCGGCGGGUGCUGGACGGAGACCCAUAGGCCGAGGAUCUGCAGUCCCGUGGGUGUGUGUCGAGGGGAAUUUUCAUUCCCGGAAUAAGCUGCUUCGUCACCAUCUUCUGGAUCAGCAGGUGCGGUGAUGCGUUGUUGGGAAGCGAUGACGAGGACAACAGAUUGUGCAGGUGGACUGCAUGUGUCACAGGAUCGAAUGUGUCGAGGAAAGGUUGCACUAUCGAUCAGUACAAGGCGCUUUUAUACUUCCUAAGUACAUCAGGUAACCAGGUUUAUCUUAUCCUAAGGGAAUAGACCCUUCUAGAAGAU